GCCGCGGAGAAGGGGUGCGACCUCGUCGACUGGAUUGGCAAACAGCGGGCCGAUUUCUUCGUGGGCGUGGGGAGAGACGACGUUACCACGUCGGAAAUAUUGAAAUUCGAGAGCGCGGUGGACGCGACGGCGAUGCUGGGGCAGCUGGCGCAACGACAUGCCGAGCGGGCGCAGGAGUUGGGGAAGUGCGAGACCGUCAAAGCCGUCAGCGCAAAGGUGCCAGCAGCGAACACCGAGUACCACGGCUUCUGGCACGAUCCUGUCCCAGGAGCACUGAUAUGUUGGAGAUGCAGGGGGUGCAAUGCCACGGCGAGGGCGGAUCAUGCACUGCGUAGUUUGCGAACCAAGGAGAAGUUCAAGCAUUGCGAACCGACCGAGGUGAUGAGCCUGGCGGCGGAUUGUUCUUUCCGUGAUCAACCCCAGCUCGCGCUUGUGAGCGCGCUGCCCAAUGAGGAUGAGCAGGCGGCGGGGCCAUCGGAGCCAG